AUGCCUACUGUACAAGUCCUCAUUCUCAUUGUUGACAAACCUUACAAUUCGGAUACGGUCGGCCUAUCGCUUGACGCUAAUGCUAUUGGAGACCAAUCUACUACAGACAGGCCCACUGUCGAAAUACUCAAUGCAUGGACCCUCGAUUACUUCUACAAGGGAGAAGGGAAAGAAAAAUUCGAAGGCGGGUAUAGAUGGAGGUGGUGCGAUUCCGCCUCCUGCAAGAUCCAAGCAAACACAAAUGAGUUGAAGGCUGAAGACGGCCUCGUGUUCGACCUCGCAUCAUACGAUGUGCAGCGACCAUUCAUGCAGAGACCAUCCAUACACAUACUUGAUUGGAUUGAUAGCAGUAAUAUUGGUAAUGUGGAAGCGAAGGAUUGUCUACGGCAAAGGAUAGAUGGAACGAUCAGUUCGUUUGAUAAGGAUUUUGAGGCGUUCAACAAUGAUCCAGUCAAUAAUGACCUCGAACAAAGUAGGUUUAGGCUGGAAUUGCUCGGUGCUAAAGACUUCGACGAGACGACUAGUAGCAGAUUUGCCAUGGUAAGAAAAUCUCAGUCACUCGGUGCGACCGGAACUGCAAGCGUUUCUAGUUGGACACAACGAUACUGGUGGGAGAUCAAGGAGAUACAGGUAGACAGGUCUGUGGGGUCAUCGAAACUGAAAUCGUGCUAUCCACCUGUUCUGCUCAAAGAAUUGGGCAUGGCAGAAAGGCCAGAUGCGAACGAUGAUGACCUGGAAGGCCAGGCUGAUGAUGAGAUUUAG